AUGACGACAACCGCCGUGAAGCGGGCGUGCGACGCCUGUCACCGCCGCAAGGUCAAGUGCGACGGCAUCACGCCCUGCCGCAAUUGCUCGGCCUCGCAAUUAUCAUGCACAUACAAUGCCGUUCCGCAGAAGAAAGGCCCCAAGGGCUCACGAGCCAAGGUCAUCAACGAGCUGAAGGAGACCCAACGCCAGACCAGCCUUUCGGCCAAGUUGCAAGCCGGUAUCAAUGGUGGCGGCGCAAACGGUGCCUUCACCCCGACGCCGAGACUCCUGACCAAAGAGACGCUUCAAGCCUGCAUCGACUUCUUUUUCGCCCACAUGUACCCGACGCUUCCGAUCAUUGAACGCCAACACCUCGAGCAAGACGCUAUGUACAUGGAACAGAACCUCGACACCUACUGCCUUCUGGCUGCGCUAUGCUCCUUCGUAUGCCUCCAGCCUGGAAUGGUGUUGCCGGGCGCGAACAUGAGCGAUCCGUUCAAUACAGACAUGAUGUUCGGCGGCAACAUCGUGAGCAGCACCCUGUUUAUGGAGGAAGCGAUUCGGGUCCGCAAAGGGUUUGACUACGCUAUUUCGCCCUCAACAAACAGCCUUUGCACAAGCUACUUUUUGUUCGCUGUCCACCACGCCCUCGAAAUGCAUGACAAGGCUUGGUUUCAUUUGCGUGAGGCGACGACUUUGGCGCACAUGGCCAGGAUGAACGAAGAGCAGGCAUAUUUGCAGUACGACAACAGAGACGGUCCCGAUGCGUCACGCCGCAGACGGUUGUACUGGCUGCUUUUCGUAUCUGAACGUUCCUACGCUUUGCAGCACCGUCGUCCCUUAACCCUCCAAGCUAGCAUCAACGCGCCUGCUCCCGUCGAUCACCCAGCUGAUCCCCUAGCGCACAACGGCACUACUACCCUGCGGAUGAUCAACCUUUUCCGCGGGUUCGACGAAAUCCUGGCCCCGCUGUGGUCAAAGUCUCGAGCUGAACUCUCCGACUCCUAUCUUGCCACCUUGGACAAGCAGAUGCAGGAAGUUCUAUCCCCGUACCUCAACGACACACCAGCCCAACUCGCCGAGAUGCCAGGAUUGCAACACUGGCUCAAGCAGAAGGCAUGGAGCUUGAGCGUGGCCAACGGCAACCCCAACAAUGCCGAAGCGUCGUAUGCUGAAGGCCUUCAUGAGCUUUAUCCCAUGGUCGCACAACUGACUGGCAACCUUGGAUUGCACGGCAUCAGUCUGUGUGAGCACUUGUUCAACGUCACAUGCGCCGUCACCGAAGUCUUGGCGGUUCUCCCUGCGCCGCGGACGCCGUUCACUCCCGGCCCGCAGGAUGAACUCCGCAAAAUCCUCAACGUCGUAUCCAUCAUUCGCAACGGUAAAUAUCAAUUUCUCCCAUUGCUUCUAAGCAAGGUCGCACUUGCUCUCCCAAAACUUGCCAGCCCGAUGUUGCAGAACGCCCCCGAACCUCCUGUGGCCUGCAACAUGGAUCUUUUCGAUGGGUUUGGCAGCAGCACCAUGUGCCCCCCUGCCGUUUACUCGGGCGAUUAUGACAGCAAAUUCGCGCUCCCCCGUUUCGAUGACAUGAGCUCGGACUCGAACAGUCCCAACGGCCUUCCUUCGAGCAGUAACGACAUGAAUUCGCCGUUUACCAGCUCCCCGGGCAUCGUCUCCCCGGGAAUGGAGAUACCUCAUCGCCUACAAACCGACUUCACGUCCAUGCCCGAAAUGGUGAUGAGUCCCAUGAGCCAGGCCCCAGCAUCAUCCUUAGGGACCCCGGGAGGCAUGAACCAUCAGCCACCACAGCAUUCUCAACACGGCCCACUUUCGCCAUUCACGAAUUCCAACUCACAGAUGCACGGGCUGGGCCCCAACAACAUGAACCCACCACCCAAUAUAAAUCUUGCGCCCCAAAUGCACCUUAACCAAGGGUUGAGCAAUAAUCUCGCCCACCCUGCAGCCAACAACAAUCCCAUGAUGAAUCGAGUUCCAGCGCCACAAAGAGCCAACACGUACGCCAUGAAUUUGCCCCAACUACGAACUGUGGGUGAUUUUCAAGCCCUACAAAGGGCCAAGACCGACUUGAAUCCGAUGAGCCAAAUGGGAAUGAGCCCAUUAGGACCGGACCUUGACUUCAACACACUGUCUAGGUAA